CGGGAAGCAAGAAUGCUAGCAAACGGGAGAUACCAACUCAGGGAUGUCUCGUCCAGAUUCUUCAACCAAUUUCAGGUAGGCAAAGCCAAAGCGUAUUCUAUAAAGACUCUUCACGAUGUAGGACAGCCCACAGCUGCUACUCAUCCUCAGUUAGUGAAGGAAGGUGAGAUUACUCCUGGCAUUACCAGUGAAGAAUAUAUCACAAGAAGGAAGAAAUUAUUAGAGCUCCUGCCUAAGAAAAGUUUGGCAAUUUUUGCAUCUGCCCCAAGAAAAAUGAUGACUGAUGUUGUACCUUACACGUUCCGACAAGAUGCUGAUUACUCAUACAUAACUGGAUGUCAGCAACCUGGUGGUAUAGCCGUCUUAGGUCACGAUUGUGGUUUAUGCAUGUUCAUGCCAGAAGCCAACCCCCAUGAUGUGAUUUGGCAAGGAGAGGUAGCCGAUGUUGAUGCUGCUCUACAGAUAUUCAAGGCUGAUCAGGCUUACCCUAUUAACAGCUUACAAAAGAUACUCUCUGAGAUGAUCGGAAGUUGUUCUAACAUAUUCCAUAAUGUUAAGACUGCUGCAUCAGCAUAUGUUGACCUAGAGUCAUUUAGAAAAGCAUAUCAGAAUGGUGUGGUAAAAGAUUUCUCAAUUUACACUCAUGAAGCACGAUUGGUCAAAUCAUCUGCCGAGCUUAAAUUGAUGCGAGACUCUGCAUCUAUUGCUUGCCAGGCUCUUUUAAAAACGAUGAUGCAUUCAAAGGUAUAUCCUCAUGAGGGUAUGCUCUCAGCAAAGUUUGAAUAUGAAUGCAAGAUGAGAGGUGCCCAAAGAAUGGCGUUCAAUCCAGUGGUUGGUGGUGGGCCUAAUGGUUGUAUUAUUCAUUAUGCUCGGAAUGAUCAAAGGAUUGAAGAUGGUAACCUUGUUUUGAUGGAUGUCGGCUGUGAGCUGCAUGGUUAUGUUAGCGAUCUUACUCGGACCUGGCCACCUUGUGGCCACUUCUCUCCUGUUCAUGAAGAACUGUAUCAUAUUCUCUUAGAGACGAACAAGGAGUGUAUCAAUAUGUGUAGACCUGGGACAAGCAUUGAUGAAAUACAUUACUACUCGGUUAAAAAGUUGCGGAAAUCAUUCAAGGAGAUUGGGCUACUUAAAGAUGACAACCCUCACAGAUAUAAUCUUCUAAAUCCAACCAAUAUAGGUCAUUAUCUAGGAAUGGAUGUUCAUGAUUGUGGUACUGUGAGCUACAACAAAACUCUAAAGCCUGGUGUUGUGAUCACAAUUGAACCAGGGGUAUACAUCCCUUCUAAUUGUGAUGUUCCCAGAAGGUACCAAGGCAUUGGGAUAAGAAUUGAAGAUGAAGUCCUCAUCACGGAUACAGGCUGCGAGGUACUCACAGGAUCAAUACCCAAAGAAAUCAAGCACAUUGAAUCCCUUCUGAACGACUAUAGCAGUGGAGUGGAAUCUCAUAAUAGCUUCACAAAAUCUGCAUUUAGUUAGUUUGCCCUUGACGCUUCGCUCAUUGAUGAUAUCAAAAGCCAGUUUCAGAUAACUUUGGAAUAGGUGCAAUUUUGCUAGCUUCUACAAGCGAUGCUUUGGUUCUUUUAUUGGAAUAAAAUAGAAUUAAACGAAUAAACAAUUCUUAGCUUUUAUAGAGAUGAAUACACUUCUCUUUUUUAUCAAAGUUAAAGCCAUCAAAAUAUAUCUUAUUUUGUGUGUGCAAAUUUAAAGCCUUGCACAAACAUGGGGGUAUAAGGUGGGUAUAAGGGUGGGUACAACAAGAAUGCUUGUUUGUUUACAAAAUUACCUUUUCUUUGGUGAAGCGCAUUUAAUCAAG